GGCCGAGCUCAACACAACAGCAAGAAGACAGCGAACCGAGUGCAGGGACUCCCAUCAAGAGGACGCUAUAGGACCGGCAAUCUCAACUCCCUGCUCACCACAUCAAGAUGCCUCUCGCUCCUCGCAACCACAAGAAGACUUACAAGGUUCCACGUCGACCCUUUGAAGCCCCCCGUCUCGAUGCCGAAUUAAAGUUGGCCGGUGAAUUCGGCUUACGAAACAAGCGAGAGAUCUGGCGGAUUGCUUUGACUCUCUCUAAGAUUCGACGAGCUGCUCGUGAGCUCCUCAAAUUGGAUGACAAGGACCCCAAGCGUCUUUUCGAGGGAAACGCUCUCAUUCGUCGAUUGGUCCGGAUUGGUGUGCUCGACGAAUCAAGAAUGAGGCUCGAUUAUGUGCUUGCGCUCAAGAUCGAAGACUUCAUGGAGCGCCGACUACAGACUCAGGUUUUCAAGUCGGGUCUCGCCAAAUCCAUUCACCAUGCCCGUGUGUUAAUCCGACAACGACACAUUCGUGUCGGCAAGCAGAUCGUCAAUGUUCCCUCCUUCGUCGUCCGUCUCGAUAGCCAAAAACAUAUCGACUUCGCCCUCACCAGUCCUUACGGUGGUUCUCGUGCUGGGCGUGUCAAACGAAAACGGGCAAAGAAAGCUGAUGCUGGUGACGAGGCCGGUGAGGAGGACGAGGAAUAAUUGCCCUGUCAAGACUAACGUCCUCCAACCGAAUGCUGCUUUCAAGUAUGAAAAUCCGACGAUAUUAUUGAAGUGUCGCUUUGGUGUAGAUCUAUCCUUAGUCCUGAUUUGUAGUAGAACCACACGUCCUUCAUGUUGCCCUGACCAGGCCGCUUGCAGAGCAGUUGAAACUAUGACAUCAUUUUUGCUACCUUCACUCAUGCUUCGUCACCACUCUCGCAAACAUUUAUCACUAAGCACUUUCGCCAUCUCCUGCCCUGCCCUGGGCUUCCUCGGGCAGUACCCACCUACAUCUCGCCCCUAGGCCCAACCCGGCCAUCACUUACGAAUCUUGCGCAGAGGCCCACUCAAGCGGUCUUUGAUGUCGUAGUAUGUCUGCUCAAUUGCAUGAUAUCCUUCUGGUUCAACUUUGUGGUAUGUCAAUACAUCCGCCCAUUAUCAUUUGCUAGCACUUGACUGUUGAGUGGAUGAGUUUGAAGAAACAAACCUGGCCCUGAUGCUUCCGCCAGGUGUUGGCUGG